AUUCAACACAUGAGAUUUUAUUUGUUUUGAUUUAAUUUUGUUCUGAAAUUCAUUUGAUUCGUGAUUAAAUUGAUUUCGGUGAGAUAAUGUCCCUUUUAUUGAAAAGAAAAUUUCAUUCUUCAACUGUCCAUCAUGCAACGAAAAAUUUAAAAAAGUUCAGCUUGCCCAAUUAUCGCAAUGUUUAUGAGCCAAAGAAGAUACCAAAACAUUUAUUUGAGGAUUUUUACAAUUACCCGAUCUCUCGUGAUCCAUUGGGCAUCCGUUGGCCUGGUUAUUGGUUCAAAAGGAAGUUUGUUUAUGUUAAAGAGAUGGAACCAGAAUUAGUUGUUCCCAAUUUAGAUAAUUUCAAUUUAAAACCGUACGUUUCGUACAAAACACCGACCAUCAAUAACAGCGCUUUCACCGCCGAAGAUUUGUUCAAAGUUUCUUAUGGAAAUUCAAUUAUUGAAGCUUAUAUGAAUGGAGAAAAUGUCCAAUUAACUCAUUCACCCGAACAAAGUGAAGCCGCGAGAAUAAAACAUCUUCAGACCGGUGCCGACAUGUUUGGUACAACGGCGAAGGAAAUGGAAGCCGAACAAGAAUCUUAGUCAAUUUUUUCUCUCUCUAAUCAAAGUUUAUCAAAUAAAAUUAAAUUAACUAAAUUGUAAACACAA